CUACGCACGCUCCACAACAAAUUUAAAAAUCAAAACGACCUUUCCCUUCAUUCUUUCCUGUUCAUAUCUCUCUUUCCAUCUCUCUGCCUUCUCUGCUUGUCCUCAAUCUCGUAGAUCUAGUGCUGAACCGUACACAACAUGAUACAGCUACUUUACACCGUAAUUUUUGCAGAAAUGGUCCUGAUUUUGACGCUUCUAUUCAAAACCCCUUUGAGGAAGCUUGUGAUCAUGACUUUGGAUCGGGUCAAGCGUGGGAGAGGCCCCAUUAUGGUCAAGACCAUCGCCGGUACUGUCUUCGUUGUGCUUUUGUCUAGUGUUUACAGUAUGGUCGAGAUCCAGAACCGUACGAUCGAGGCCGGUGCUCCCAAUCCUACGGACCAGGUCCUCAUGUCCCAGCACAUGCUUGAAGCGUCUCUCAUGGGAUUCUUGCUAUUCCUCUCACUGAUGAUAGAUAGAUUGCACCAUUACAUUAGAGAACUACGUUUGCUCAGGAAGACAAUGGAGGCCGUUAAGAAACAAAGCCGAAGCCUUGAUGAUGGGAGAAAUGGUAGUUCGGAGGAGAUCAAAUCACUGGGGGAAGAGAUUGUUAACUUGAAGACUAAGAUCAAGAAUCUGGAAUCUCAAUGCGAGGCAAAAACGAAGGAGGCAAAUGCUGCGAAAGCUGAACUGGAUGCCAAGCGAAAGUAAUCUGAAGUUUUCCUUCUAGAGUAUGAUGACAAUCAAAGCCUGUGGAGCCCAUUGGAGUCCAUAGACCAGACUUGUUCACAAUCUGAUGGCAAGAAGAAUAUGUGAGUUAGUAAUUACCCAAUGCAAUUUCCCUCUUUUUCUUGAUCUCCAUGAAGCAAUUUUGGAUUUUGGAUCUAAAAAGUGGAGACAACUAGAGAGUUGAAAUGGUGUUGUCUAUUUAAAUGAAAAUGAUGAAUGGUCAGUGUUAGAAACUGCUCAAAGCUCAAUGUAUGGUCAACUUGUUACCUGUUUUGGUAUCAAAAAGUCUCUCUGCAUUCCAAUUUAUACAUACUUUUUGGCUAA